UUCGUCCGGCAACAGCCACUAUUCAAAAAUGUCUGCUGCCAGGGGUAUGUGGUGCUCGCUUCUUCGUCUAGGAAAAUCGACAAGAGGACUGCCAUGCAGGCUGUCGAUAAGAAAUUGCGCUUACUAUCCAGUACAAGAUGUUAUGUAUGGCCUAAGCCCCGAACAAAAAGAGCUCCGGGAAGCAGCAUUCAACUUUGCCCAGAAAGAGCUUGCACCACAUGCAAAAGACAUCGACAAGAACAAUCAUUUUCCAGGUUUUCGGGAAUUUUGGAAAAAGCUUGGUGACAUGGGUUUCAUGGGUGUGACCGUCCCAGUGGAGUAUGGUGGCCUUGGUGCAGGUUACUUGGACCACUGCAUCAUCAAUGAAGAACUUAGCCGUGCUUGUGCUGCUAUUGCACUCAGUUAUGGUGCCCACUCCAACCUGUGCAUCAAUCAGAUCUAUCGUAAUGGCACCGAGGAACAUAAAAAGAAGUAUCUUCCAAAGCUGAUAAGUGGAGAGUAUGUGGGAUCACUAGCCAUGAGUGAAGCUGGUUCUGGAUCUGAUGUGGCAUCUAUGAGUCUCACUGCUGUGAGGGAUGGUGACCACUACAUCCUAAAUGGCACUAAGUUCUGGAUAACGAAUGGUGCGAUUGCUGAUGUUGUGUUUGUCUACGCCCGCACCAAUCCACUUGCAGAUAAGCCCCAGCAUGGCAUUAGUGCAUUCAUUGUUGAAAAGAACACUCCUGGCUUCAGUGUAGGGCAGAAGCUGGACAAGUUAGGAAUGCGGGGCUCUCCAACAAGUGAACUCGUUUUUGAAGACUGCAAGAUCCCUGCUAAGAACCUGGUUGGUGAGCUGAAUAAGGGCAUGUAUGUCCUGAUGAGUGGCCUGGAUUUCGAGCGCUUGGUUCUGGCUGCUGGACCAGUUGGCAUAAUGCAGGCAUGCUGCGAUGUUGCCUUUGACUAUGUCCACACCCGCAAGCAAUUUGGUCAGCCAAUUGGAACUUUUCAGCUCCUGCAAGGCAAGAUAGCUGACAUGUACACAACACUCAACGCUUGUCGCUCAUACCUGUACAGUACAGCCAGGGCUGUGGAUCAGGGGCACGUCCUGUCCAAGGAUUGUGCAGGGGUCAUCCUAUACUGUGCAGAGAAAGCAACACAAGUGGCUCUAGAGGCCAUUCAGUGCUUAGGCGGAAAUGGCUACAUCAAUGACUACCCGACUGGCCGGCUACUUCGCGAUGCCAAGCUCUUCGAAAUUGGCGCAGGAACUAGUGAAAUUCGCCGACUUAUCAUUGGCCGGACCAUCAACCAGGAGUACAAAUGAGGUCUGAUACCAUGUUCCCUUCAUCAUGACUCUUCAUAUAUGUUAUGUGCUGUUCUGAACCUGGUGAAAGCGCUGUUUUGGUUUUUAUUAUCAAUACUGAUACAAGGAAGCAAACAUUAUAAGCAACCAUACCUUUAUGAAAUGCUUGUUCCAUACUUUUAUGUGCUUCUAAACACAAUUUUUUAGAGUAUCUAUGCUUCCUGUGGGCCACUUUCUUUACAAGUUAUUGUGAGGCUUUCAGUGUAAUUUGUUUAGCAUGUAAGCUUUAAACAUUUUGUUCGCAUUAUCAUGUAUGGCACAUGAGCCCUCUCUGUCAGAAAUGUUGCAAGUAAAAAAUAUGUGCCAUCUUGCAUUUAGAAUGACACUGUCAGUGCUUGUCUGCAACGUAAUUGGGCAUUGCAUACAAGGCUCUUAAGUGGUGGAUGCUAAUAGCAAAUUGUUCUUUUCUUGAAGUGCUCGCAUAUUUGUCUUUUUUCCUUUUGUGACUGAUCACUGGUGUUUUGUAACAAUUGAGUUUGGUUGUGUAGAUGCCACUCAAGUGAUACCUAGUACUACGGUUCAUACUGAGACUUGCAUUUACAUCUGCACAUUAGAAUAGUUAAUGUGUAAUUUAUUCCCAAUUACAUUUUGAGGCAAGGUCACAUUUUCCUUGCUCAAGUUCUUGUAUACUCGUAUUUAUGAGUGUAGAAAUAUUUUGAGUCGUUUGCUCUGGCAGGUCAGCAAUUUUGAACCAUGGACCUUUAUAUGUGGUGUUUGGACUCUUGUAAUACAGUGAGAUAAUUAUGGUCUCCUUAGUGAUAUCUCUCCGAGUGUCUUUUUCUUUUGAAGCACCAUAUUUCUUCAGUUCAGGUUGAACAUUGAUAGCAAAGUUAAAAUAAAAUGGAAACUCCUUGACGUGCGUUCAAAGCAUAUUUGUGCAAGAGGGAUGUGCUAAUAAAUGCAAAUACAGUGUUCUGCAUCAUAAUACUCCAUUUCGUUGGUUAUGACUUCAGUGUAUUGUUUGCUGCAGCUCAGCAUGCUGCAAGAAAAUUAGUUCAUUCAACUUGUGGAGAAGUUUGCCUUGCCUUUAGGUUUUUCUUUAUGAAUCAGUAAUAUCCUAGCUGCAAUCAUAUAGCAUGUUGUUAACUACUGCUUGUGCCUUCUGGUUCUGUGCUUGGGUAUGAUUGUAUAUGUCUACGUUUUGAAUUGUAUAAGCUUUUCCUGUCUGUGUAAUUUUGUGGGUAGUACAAGUACUGGCGGUUAUCUUUUUUCCCUAAGUUACCUGAUGUAGGUAUUCUUCUGAGAUAAUUUUCUGAUUUUUGUGACAGAGUGAUCCCUUGCUAGCAUGGAAAAUUAUGUACCACAUUGGUGCAUUGCUUUGUCUUGUUGCUGUGUAUGAUGCCUCUCAGAAAAGCAAAAUAGUUGUUGGUGACACGUCAGUUUUAAUCAGAUAUACCCUGCGAGUCAGGUUGUGAAGAAGAAAGCUCCUUUGGCUUCUUUGUUUGAAGCCGUCCUCGUUCCAAAUGGAAAAGCUUGCGGCACAGUCAGACGACCUUUUUUGCUUGUUGCUAAGGUAUUUUGUUUGCUGUCACGGUUUCUGUAUCUGCUAUGAUUAUGCAACUUUAUUUGACCUUGGCAUUUUUAUGUGAUUUACAAUUGUGAUUCAGGCUGAGCAGCAUCGGCUUGAUACCCUCUUGCACUGUAUCCGGUGAUCUUCAGGCCUGAACAGUUGCACCAAGUGGCUGCUGCGUGAUGUAGCAACUGUAAUUAAUCGGCUGCAUUCAGUCUCUCACCUUGAGUCUCUUCACCAUACACACUCCUCCAAAAAAGUGGUCCCACAAGGCUUUAGUAUUUUGCAGCCAUUCUUUGCACUGACUCAGUCAUGGUAGCUCAUAGAUGUGUUGGCAGUGUUAUGCACCAUAGCUAAAGAAUGCUCUUUAUUCUAGUGAGAAAUAAAUCAUAUUUGGUGGGAAUGUAUUACUUCAUUGAGUGGGUAGAUGAAAACAACAUGUGGAUGCAUGGUAAUCACAAGCCAUUCACUUCAGUAAAAGAACAGCAAAUGUUGGUUUGUAGGAGAUUUAUUUCAAUAAGUUACUGUACAGUGACAAAUAAACCUGCGUACAGCUGAA